GCGGGGCUUGAGGAGAGAGGGCGGGGCUUGGCUUGGCGCCGGGCCGUCCUUGUUGCUGCUGCUGCUGCGCUGAGGGGCCUCGGGCAGAGACUAGCGCAAUAGGACCGCGGAGCUUGUCUGGCGGAGGAACCGGCGCGGCGCUCGUGCUUGCAAAGCCAAGUUCAGCCCGGGCUGCCAGCAGCCUCUGGAGAAAGGGCUCCCUUCCCCGUCGGGACACAGCUCACCCGUUGCCCUCUGGCGGCUCGCCCCAAGCUGACACACGCCGAGCAGAUGUGAGCGAGCCUGGCCAGAGAGCCCUGCAGCCGCUCCAGUCCGCCCAUUAGCAACAGUGUCCCGCAGCUCCUCUCCGCAAAACGUCCCAGUGGGAGAAAUAUGUGGCAGCCGGCAACGGAGAGACUGCAGAAUGAAAAACCAAGGUUUAAAAAUGGACAAGAAAUGCUUCUGCAAUCUCAUUCCUCAACCAGUGCUUCUGAUUUCAAGUCUACUUUUUUAGCACUUUCAGACCAUGUUGAAGACUAAGCUAAAUGUCUUAACCCUUCGGAAGGAACCUCUUCCCACUGUGAUCUUCCAUGAGCCAGAAGCCAUUGAGCUGUGCACCACAACUCCAUUGAUGAAAACUCGGGCACACGCUGGAUGCAAGGUUACAUAUUUGGGUAAAGUCUCCACAACAGGGAUGCAGUUUUUGUCAGGUUGCACAGAGAAACCGGUCAUUGAAUUGUGGAAGAAACACACGCUUGCCAGAGAGGAUGUCUUGCCAGCAAAUGCCCUCCUGGAAAUCCGCCCCUUCCAAGUUUGGCUUCAUCAUCUGGACCUCAAAGGAGAGGCCACUGUCCAUAUGGAUACCUUUCAGGUUGCACGUAUUGCUUACUGCACUGCCGACCACAAUGUCAGCCCAAACAUUUUUGCUUGGGUGUAUCGAGAGAUCAAUGAUGACUUGUCCUACCAGAUGGACUGCCAUGCUGUUGAGUGCGAGAGCAAGCUAGAGGCUAAGAAGUUGGCUCAUGCCAUGAUGGAGGCCUUUAAGAAGACUUUCCAUAGCAUGAAGAGUGAUGGCCGGAUUCACAGGAAUAGCUCGUCGGAGGAAAUGUCUCAAGAAUUUGAAUCUGAUGAUGGCUGACUAACUCAUUAGUACUUAAGCAAAAGCAGAAAUGGCCCUGGGAAUAGAAGCAUAUAGGUGAAUAAGCAACAGUUCAUUGGGGGAGUGAGAGGACUUCCCAACACUUGACUGAUCGGCUUUUCAAAAUUAAAAAGAGCAAUUCAGUAAACUCCUUAAAACAUAUGCAUCUUUAUAAUCAUUGCAUCACAUUGAAAUUUGCUGCUGUUUUAAAAUGUGUGAGAGAACAUCUUUUUAAACUUUACUUUUCCUAUUCGCCUCCUAACCCCAUUCUGACCCUUACAGCUCAUGACUUCUUAAAGAUUAUAAAUUAUUUCAAUUUGCCUGUUGAAUCCUAUUGAGCAAUUCUAAUGAUAAGAUUCUCUAGGAUUUGUUGCUAGGGUUCAAUGCCAAUGCAUAGUAGCAAGCAGAAUCUGUUUCUAGAGAGUCUGUUAUUUGGUGGCCUAUUACUAAUUUUGUUGACCACCUGCCAGGCUGAAAUAGCUACCUGCAGCCUUUUAGAUUAAUGGCCUGACAGUCUACAGUUAGUUCACAUUUUGCAGUUUGAAUAUUCAAAGAUGCUUAUAUUUAUACUUUAUAAUCAUAUGCUAUAUUUUAUUCAUUUUACCUUUUUUAAUGGACCUGCAGCCACUCAUCUUCACUAGCACUAUAGUUUUUAAAAUACAAACUGCAGAGAUACCAAAAUGCAGAGAGAGGGAAUCUAAUUGUGAACUCUCUCUCUGUGCACCCCUGGUUCAAUUAAUCACACCACUGCUGAAGGUUGAGAGAGAGAUCAUAAAGACCCUGGAGUGUGAUCCGUGCUCAGCCUAAGGCCUGGCAUGUUAUGAAAGAUAAUUUUAAUUUCUCAGCACUCAUCACCAGCUAUAUCCAGACUGUUUUGUUUACCUGGUACCAUUGGCUCUCAAGGGCCAAGUUUGAGCUGCCAUAAUCAUCACAGGGCAUCUUACAAUAAAAUGCCCAGACUCCUUUAGGGUCAGGUUUGAAAGAAAACUGUUUGUUCUGACUCAACAGUAUACUAAUGUUUCCUGAACCCUUUUCUGGCUACAGAUGAAAGGGUUCAUAACAUAAACGUUUUUAAAACCCAUUUAAAAAAUGUUUAAGGCCAAGUGCUGAUUAAUAGUUGCAGGUAAUGCUGCUCCUUUAUACAGUCGUGUUCAUAAAUCGUGGUAAUGUUAGGGGCACUAGGGCACCUUACAGAAGCCUUAAAAGAAAGCUAAUCAAAGCAGAUAGCUAUAGAAGUCUGUUCUGUUGUGUGUGAAUAUGGAGAGAGAGAGAGAGUGUGUGUGUGUGUGAGAGAGAGAGAGAGAGAUCGGUGUUACCGCAUGUAGAUUGAUCAUUGGAACAUUCUAAGGAAGAACCUCACUUCUUGAAAAUAUGCUUAUUGCUUUCCAGUGUAUGUAAACUAUUCUGCAACAUAAAGGCAUUCAUACUUUAAUAAAAAAAAGUUUGAAUUGAAGAUCAAUAAUGUUAGGCUUCAUGAUUUAUACAUACAUUCCUUAUUUAAAAUCUCAUGCUUUGUACUUGGAAAGCAACAUAUUAACUCAUUCAGAGUUGUACUAUAGCUAUUGAAGAGAGGCGAAGAGUUAAAAUGAUUCCGCCUCCUUAAACCAUUACAGUAUUUUCUAUCAGGGUAAUUGGGAUUUAUCGCUUUAAAGAUGGGCAUAUACUUUUAUUUUGGUUUGUGUGGACAUGAUAUUGUAAUGUUGCCUUUGAAGAUAUUUUAAUUUCUUCAGGCUAUUGAUUUGGCAUUAGAGAUCUAUUAAUCGCAGAGAGUAGUUCAGGCAUUACAGCUUUCUUUUAUCAGUGCAGUGGUAAAGAUCCAUGAACAAAGCCAGCUUCAAUAAAUAAACAGUUUGAGUGGGAACGUGCAGCCUUAGUUCUUACUGCGAGGAGAAGCUCUUUUGGAAGCUGCCUUUCCAUGUCCUGCUUUUGUGUGCUUGCAUGUGCAUUUCACAUCUGAAAGCACAGCAUGGAAAUCACUUGUAUGUGCAGCCCUGGCAAGAGGCAAUAAAGGCUUAAACUAUUCUUCAUAAAUGUAGCCACUUGCCAGGGGUUCCAUCCCCAUACACCAUGAGAUCAGCCUGGGGUAGUAGAGACCAGGAGUUGGGAGAGCCAGGUUCAGAUCCUCACUCAGCCAUGAAACUCACUGGAACUUGCCUCAGCCACGCUCUCUCAGUCUAACUUAUCUUACUGGGCUGUUGUGAGGAUAAAAUGGGGGGGAUGAUGACUGUGUAUGCUACUCUGAGUUCCUUGGAAGAAGGGUGGGGUAAAAAUGUGAAAAAAAAUCAUUAGUGGAUCUUUUGGUGCCAAGAGUAGUUCCAUCAAAGGCAAGGUGCCAUCCUUUCUCAAAAGUAUCUGGAGUGGAAGUGAAUAAGAAUGGGUGCCUCUCUCCUGUCCACAUUGUACAUCGUUUCUGAGGAAGGACAGCAGCCAGCCUCUGAUGCAGUCGCCCUCCUCCUCAGAUGACUUGUUGACAAAGAAGAACAAUGUUUCUGAAGAAGUCCAUUCAGGCAUGAAGGAACAUUGCAAACCAAUUUAGUUGCCCCUUUGUCAUUGUACUUCUAUUUGUCUACAUAGCUCUCAGGAGUGCACAAUGAUUUGGGCCAAUUGUGAAGGUUCUGUUGGAUAGGUUGUUUUUCUGAAAUUGACUUGUUCUUUUCUGAACCUGGAAAGAAGCUGGAUUCCUAUAAAUUGCUUUUUUGGUUAUCUGAGUCACUCUCUGUUAAACAGUGGCUGGCUGUUUUGGAAAAGCCAGUUAUCGUGUGAAGAGAAGUAUGUGCAUAGUUGUCUCCCCCUUGCCAUCUGGUGCAUUGUUCCAUUUCCACAUAGUCACAUGGGGGGACAGAAUAGCUGAACUGCCCCUAAUCGUGCAGUCAAAAUGCUACUUUGAAGUACUAUUUUACUUUACCCUAACCACUUGGUUGGGGGCAGUUCAGACAUUUCACCCCCACAUAAAUGUGGAGACAGAAUGGCACUCUGGGUGGGAGGGCAUGUUCAUGUACAAUGGGCAGAUUGGUCAGGCAGUAUUGCCCAAACCAUCUCACUACAUAUUUAUUGGGAGGGUGGGGAAUGCCUGGCUGUUUUCUCUCUCUCUGUGGAUUGUAACUGGAACAUAAAGAUGUAAAAAUUGCCUUGUUGAAUCAGAACAAAGAUCUGGCUGGUCUAGCUCUCCUGACCACAUGAUUCCUCUGGAAAGGGUGUAAUGACAAGAAUUACCAUCUGUUGCUUGCCAUCUGUAUCUGGGGAACUGAAUGUGUAUAGCUCCUGCAUAAGGAGAUUUCAGUAUUGGGUAUUGUAGCAUAACAACACAAGACCAUUGGCUCAUCCAGUCCAGUUCUGCUUAUCUGAUGGGCAACAGCUCUCCAGGUUCUCAAGUAGUGGUCUUUCCUAGCUACCUGAGAUGCCAUAAAUUUGCCUAAAAAUUUGUAUGUGCAGAACCAAUGAAUUUAAGUAGCUGUCAUGUUGAAUCUGAAUACACAACCUAAACUAAGUUGAUAAUUAAAUGUAGGCAAUUCUUUUUGACAAAGAGGAGCUAAGCUCAUUAUCUUUGUUCACUACGUGAUAAAGUAUACAUAAACAGAAAUGUGAAAAUGGCUACUAUUUCAAACAGUCCUCUUCAAAAAACAAGCAAGCUAAAGCUAUGCUUCCCAGUAUUGUCAGGCCUGUUUCCAAUUAGGCUGUUUUCCAUUGUUCAGCCUCAGUCAGUUUGGGAGGUGGGGAGGUAAAAUGUCCUGAAAUGAUCAACUUUAUGAUCUUUACGAGAGAGAGAGAGAGUUAGAGUUUAAAUCAGAAGUAAAACUGGUCUAGCACCAAAAUCACUUGAGCUAUAUAUAGGUCAGUAUGUUCUGUCUUUCCCACAAAGUGAUAUCCAUCAAGUGUAACAUUUGUCUUAGAAUUUGGUUGUCUAUCAGCCAGUCUGAGAUCCAGUUUUUCACAUCAUUCAAAGUUAUUUUAACUGUCCCUAUAAGAAGAUUCUAUGAACGUCUUCUGGAUUCAAACAAGCCCUCAUCUUGUUACCCAGAUAUAGCAUUGAACAAGAAUGACGUGAAUAAACGCCAAUGACGUGAAUAAACGCUCAUCAUCAGAAGCAAAUCAUUCAGUUGCUAUCUAGACAACACAUAGAAACAAUACUUUUACAAGAAAUAACAAUCUGUGAUAUAGGUUACUUUGCUUUAACUUCAUCUACAAUCUUUCCCUGCUACUUAAAUAUUUCUGAAACAUCAACCAAUUUAGAAUAAAGUUAUAGUCUAGGUGAAAUAUAUGCAAUAUUUUCUCAUCAAAACUAAACAUACUUUGCCACUUUCAGAACAUAAAAUGCAUUAAGUUUAUUCUCACAACCACAGAUUCCUGGGUAAGAGAGGGAUAACAUAGAAAUCUCUGGUCAUCUGGAGCAUCAGGAGUCGCCUAACCAAGCAGCUCUGUGCCUGGGUAGCUCAGAUCCACUAACCAGGUUAAAAGUUAGGUAGAAGGAAUACAUUGCCCAACCUACCUCUUGUUCUAGUUGUCUGUGUCGCCAAUGCUUUUAAACUGCUCUUGGGCAGCAAUUACCAUAAAGUUGCAAGGCCAGGGAAAGGAGCACUGUUGCUGUACUGAGGGCUGCCUUUCUGCUGCUCAUGCAGUGCAUUGUGGGAUACUGGAGGACUCAGCUUGGGUUCCCACCUCCCAUCUCAGCUAUGAAGAUUGCUCAUGCCAUUCAUGUGGGUACACAAGUGGAAGAGCCAUGAACAGGCACUGGUCAUCUGGGAGCAGGAAGGUAGGGUCCUGCCUUCCCUCCAGCUACUCCCCCACCCCCCACUUCAUCAUGUGAACAAGCCCAUUAUGUAAAACUUAGCACACAAAAUUGUACUCUUUCGAAUAUUUAUGGAAACCAUCUCCCAAGCUGCUCCUUGCCUCCCAAGUUGCUCUUUGCUAUACACAGCCACUUAUAGGACAAAUCACAGCUUUUGGGUGGAAUGGUUUUUGAUGGGAAAAUUGCUCCAGGAGAAAGGGUGCUACUUCUAAGCUAACUUCCUAAAAAUGUAUCUAGAUGAAAGUGUAAUUUGGUCUCAAAGUUCAUAAUAUUGAGCUAUUCAGUAGUACAGGUGAAACUCGGAAAAUUAGAAUAUCGUGCAAAAGUCCAUUAAUUUCAGUAAUGCAAAUUAAAAGGUGAAACUGAUAUAUGAGACAGACGCAUUACAUGCAAAGCGAGAUAACUCAAGCCUUAAUUUGUUAUAAUUGUGAUGAUCAUGGCGUACAGCUCAUGAAAACCCCAAAUCCACAAUCUCAGAAAAUUAGAAUAUUACAUGGAACCAAGAAGACAAGGAUUGAAGAAUAGAACAAUAUCGGACCUCUGAAAAGUAUAAGCAUGCAUAUGUAUUCAGUACUUGGUUUGGGCCCCUUUUGCAGCAAUUACUGCCUCAAUGCGGCGUGGCAUGGAUGCUAUCAGCCUUUGGCACUGAUGAGGUAUUAUGGAAGACCAGGAUGCUUCAUUAGCGGCCUUCAGCAAUUCUGCAUUGUUUGUUCUCAUGUCUCUCAUCCUUCUCUUGGCAAUGCCCCAUAGAUUCUCUAUGGGUCAGGUCAGGCAAGUUUGCUGGCCAAUCAAGCACAGUACACUCUAUACUUUUCAGAGGUCCGAUAUUGUUCUAUUCUUCAAUCCUUGUCUUCUUGGUUCCAUGUAAUAUUCUAAUUUUGAUGAUGCCUCCCCCCCCACUUUCUCUGCAGCUGGUUUUGCUUUCCAAAAGCAUAUCCCUGAUGGUCAGGGAAGAAUUUCCAGAGGCAUAACCAGCUGCCGAGGUAAGGUGGAAUUGGUGAAAAUCACCCACCCCACGCAACAGAAAACUUGCAUGCACUGAUGCAGGAUUAGUCUGGAUGUCAGUCAGUUCUUCAAACUUCCUAUUUUUCCCACCAGAAAUAUUGUGCUGGGGUGGGGGGGGAUGCCUCAAAAGGGGGGGACCUGAGAAAGAGCUUUCCCCCUAAUUUUUCUGGAUCCCCACCCUCAGGCCUUCAAUCUCUAGUUUUGCUCAAGAUUUACUUGUACUGAUAAUCAACUUUACAAAACAGUUAUUGGUUUCUUCAUUCGAACUGUUCAUUCAGACCUACCCCCACAUUUGCAGGGCUUUUCAUUUUAUUUUUCGAAAGAGAGUACCAGACUGAAACCAGCUUGAUAUGCUUUCACUUUAGGGCCGAACUAGAUAUUAUUACUUUAUUUACAUCAUUGAUCCUUGCUUGCUUGCUCCCAGAUGGUCACCGGCUUUCCCCAGCAGUAUGGAGGGCUGGGGGCCAUGAUGUGUUGUGCUGGGUUCAUUUUGGGGACACACACACACACCAGCACCGGUUGGGAGCCUGCUCCUGUGUCAGUGCCACGUGGUGCCAACAUAUGUUCGUUUUGCCCGUGUUGAGGACACGCUCGUGCUCUUAAUGUCAGUUAGUGGGUGGGCCUCUUUGGCGGGUUUGCUGCCGAUGUGCUGCUGGCAUCCUCACAGUUGCCGGUGUGUUCUUACGAGAAGCCAAGACUGGGCUUAGCUGCGCACGAGAAAAGCUUCAUUUUGUACAAACUGAAGUUUCCAAGCACAAGAGCAGCCUGACACAGAGUUUGUCAGGAAGGAGGGAUCUACUGGAAGCUGGUGGAACUUCACCUCAGAGGCAAAGCAGGAUGAGCAGAGACUACCACUGUUUGCAUCAUAAACCAAGUAAACAGUGUCCCCAGAGCAAUGCAACUUGAAGAGGUCUUAUGAGACCUCAACCCAGAAGUCAUGUUGAUGCUCAUACAAAUGCUGAUGCUGAGCCUCUAAGAGAAGCCCUGGAUCAAAGAGUACCCUCAGACUCCAAAGCCGAUCUUUUAGAGAUACUAUGGCCUCAUUCAGAAUAAGCUCAGCACCACUUUCCAGAUCAGUAGAGUCUGCAGCCUACAGCAUCUCUGUCUUGUCUGGAUUAAACUUGUUCUGCCCCAUCCAGGCCUGUAGAGCGGCAAACACAGAUCCCUAGGAUCUUAUAAAGUAAGAUGGAAAUGAAUAUCAUCUACAUCCUGAUAACUCCACAGCUCAAAUAACAGCCUCUCAACUAUUCCAUAGUAUUUGGGGCUCUUUUUUUUGAAUAUUUUCUUGCUCCAUAAAGGUUUCGAUAAUUUCUUGACUUGACUUUCAGCACAAUCCUAUGCAUAUUUACACAGGAGGAAGUCCACUGAUUUUAGCUGGGUUUUACUACCUUGUGUAGAACUGAAGCUUUAAAAUGGCAAUGCACUGAGUAGUAAAUUAGUGGGUUUAGUUCAUUAGUAGUAAAUUAGUAGUAGUAAAUGUUAGUGGGUAGAUGCGAGUUAAAGACAACUCCUAGGCUACUCAGAUCUUUACUUCAGCAUAAACCAAGGCUAGUGUUUUUUUUUUGUUCUACCACACAUACUUUCACGACCUCAUUUUCUAGUUUCAGAAGUGAGACUGUAAUUGAUAAUGACUCCACAUGCCCUUUAGAUGACCCCAGAAAUCUAAUUCUAAUGGGGCAUGAUGUUAACAGCAAUCAAGAUGCUGCAAAAAUACCACUGUGGUUGUUCAACCACCGCUUUGAUUAUUCCUCAGCUUUUUAUUUUUUAUUUUUGAAUACAUACCUUUUCUGGGUCAUUUAGUUUCCUGUUGAACAUUUUUGCUUAAAACCUUGAAUUACAAAUCAUGCUUCACAGCAAGUACCACAUCCAAAUCCUGUGCUAGUGAAUAAAUUGAUUUCACAUAAGACAAGAAAGUAAUUCUGCAUUCCUAAUGUAUUAUAGUCAACAUAGUUUAAAUUUAGGACUGAGGGCUACAGCUUUUAGUGUGGUAUUCAGCUGUUUAUUCGAGACAUCAGAGAGAGAUCAGCCUUCAUUUAUCACAUUCUCCUGAGCUCUAGAAUGACAAUAUAUUGGCUUGUCACAGCAUAUUUUCCUUAAGACAUUGUGCUUAGCAUGGGAGCAAUCACUCUUUGAAAUGGAACUUGAUAUUUAACUGAGGCAUUUUUAUACUGCACCAAGUAUCUGAAUUAGUUGUGGGUUAGCUUAUCUCUGUCCACCUCUUAAUUAGCUUGGCUUUCCCCCAAUUUUCUUAAAGAUUUUUUUGUUUUUUUAAUGAGAGUUCUCCAAGAGUUCUCCAAGAAGGCUCAGAAUACUGAUGCUCCCUGUCAGCCCCGCCCCCAUCCCCCUCAAACAAAGACCCUUGUGAAUGUUUAGUUAGCAACAAAGGUCUAUAGGUCCCAUUCCAAAGGUCUGCAUGCUUCUGAGCAUGCUCAGGAACAUCUCUUGCCACUGGGAUGUAUGGGAAUUGUAGUUUGUAUUUGCCUUGUAGUUCACCGACUUGGGCCCGAGAGGUAAUGCAAAUUAAAAUUCCUAUGCAUCCAAAUGAUGAAACCUUUAAGGCCUCCAUUACCAGGCAAUUUCCAGCCCCAGCUUAUAAGGGAGGACUAAUGUCAGUAUUCUCAUUAUGACCUGGCCCUAUGAAGUUGUUGCUUAGCUUGUAAUAGACUCCUCAUUCCAAAUUGUAUGUGUGUUCAGAAGCCGAUUGGAUGGAGAUUUGCAAGUACUGUACCUAAUAAAGGAAUGGUCCAUGCACAACUUAAUUUGCCUAAAGAAUGCUCCAUGUGCACCGCCCCAGCCUAAUCUAACAGCUGGAGCCACUCAUGCAUAGUCCUUUAACAGAAGCUCGAACUCUAUUGAUGUAACUGUUGGGAAGAGGAUUCAGUCCUCUUCCUUUCUGCCAAAAUUGGAAUCAAUUUUAGUUUGUUUCAAAGAGUAAUAUGCUUCAGUCUAACUGGAAUGGUGCAGAGCCUAUAUAUAUCUAUGAAAGUUGACUUUUAAAUGCAAAUGAAUUCAGCAUUAUACUGCUAAAAAACCAGUUUUCACUUUAAAAUGAGAAACAAAGUGGAUUGUGUUUAUUGUCAUUUUGGUUUAAAGAUACAUAAAAAACAUCCACUAUUCAGUUCUGUGUCUAGUAUGUUAGUGUUCUCUCUCUCUCUCUCUCUCUCUCUCUCUCUUAGUUUCAAUAUAUAUUAAAAAGGAAUCUUGGUCAUUAUUUUCCUUCAUUUAAUGCAUAAAUGUAAGAAGCUUCUUAAAUGUGUAUCUGUUGUUUCAUUUAACAUAAUUAUUGCUACAUGUCACUGUGCAUUCAGAUAAAAGCAUACCCCCGCAGCUGGGAAGCUGUACAGAUAUAAAAAUAAUUUACUAAUGAAAAUGUCCACACUGCCUUAAUUCAUCAUGUUUUCUUAAAGGUCACUUUUCUUACUAAGUUAAUUAGAAGGUUUCAUUCCCUUUCACUGCUUACCAUUAUUAUUUUCAUGUUUUUAAAGUUGAUUUUCACCCUGCAAGAACAUAGCCCAAAGGCUUUAUUUUCUUUUCCUCUGCUUGCUUGAGAAAGUUUGCUUUAAAAAUUCAUCUAGAAAAGUGUUUAUGGAAAAUUGCAUAAACAUGUGCUUCCUAGUUUUACAUAGAAAAUGAGCCCUUUCUCACGAUGGUGAGAAAGGGCUACAGGGUGAGUGAGGAGGAAGCCUUGAAAUGCUUACCUUCCUGCAGACAAUCUGCGGAGAUUGCAUGCCUAGAUGUGUAGCUGCCGCCUUGGGCAGCACGGAGAGUUAGGUGCCCCCUGGAACUCCCACUCCCACUCGUACUGUGCAUUAUGGGGGUCCCCCCAUGCGCCACAGUCUCCUAGCCCUAGGUAGCAGACAGUCCUAAAAAUAAGGUAAGGGAGUGCUUGUUCCUUUAACCUUGUUUUGGAGGCGGGCUCCAGAGGCCCGUUUCCCCUGUACAUGAGAACAGCCCCAAUGAUUAUCUGGGCUCUUUGCAACCUGUGCUGGCUGCUUUGGGCCAUCCACAAUCAUGGAUUAGAGAUUGAGUAGGCUAUAUUUUAGGUACAACAAUUGAGAUAUUUUAUCUGUCACAAUCUGUAAUUCAGUCUACCCAGUCAGGUAAUGUAGCUAUAGGCAAUCUGUACCUUCCUGAUGAUUAGUAAACAGCAAUGUCAAAACAAGGAACUCAAAGGCUUGCUGAGAGUAAGCUUGGCAUGUAUUGGCUUCUUAACAGUCCUCAAAUGCCUAUGUAUGGCUGGGGAAGUGGAAGAGAAACCAUCCAUAGGAAGGGUUUGCAUCUACUCAGAACAGGAAAUCCUUUCUGCUGGAACAAAGGAUUACAUGCUGUGCCACUUUUUUACUUAGCAGUGGCAUAAAGGAUCCCUGCUAACUGGAAAUGUAAUGAAAAAAUUAUGGUAGUAUGAAGGCAAGUGUGAUCCAACACAAAUAUUCUAUUUAGACUAAAGGUUUUCACAAAAUUCUUCUGUCAAUGCAUAUAGAGAAACAAAGACCUUCAUUAAGUAAGAAUAUAGAUCUUUGUCAAGGUCAGAAAUGAGAAGGAUUCAUUCAGUGUAGAUGUCAGUAUUAAGGUCCAUAGUUUAACUUUCAAUACAUGUUUAUUAAUAUAAACUGAGAUGACAUAUGCAAUUAGUUUCCAUGGACACAUACACUUAGGAAAAAUAAUUAACCUAUGAUCUGUCUUCUCUUAAUUAAGUGUGAAUGUGUAGCCUCGUUUCUUUGACAGCACAAGAUGUACCAAGUCCUGGUAUAAAUAUUCUGUUGGUCUUUACGAGUUGUAUACAAUAAUACAAAUGGAAAUUUGAUCCAAAAUCAAUUUUGGAUAGGAAAAUAAUCUAAUUUUCCUGAAGGAAAUUGGGGCUUACCAGAGUUGUCUUAUUAAGCUACCCACAGAGUUCUGGUUCCAGGAUGACAUGUCGCAAACAUGGUGUCAGUUCUUGUUGCCCAGCUGCUCUCCAUUUGUUGACAUACCUGUAGGAGACUCCUAUAAUGAAUUUUUUAAAGGAAUAACAAAAAACGGCAAAAAACUUUUACAAUUUUAGGCUUCCUUCUCUUUAAGAAACCACAAAUAUAAUUUACAAUCUUUCGGAUUAAAAUGCUUCAAAUAUGUUUGUUUUUGUUUUCCUAGUUCACCAUUUUCGUCUUUCAGGAGUGUCUUCCAAGGGAUUUUUCACUUGCAUUUAUCCCAUUAAAGCAUCUGUAUUUGUGUCCUGGUUUAACUAAUGGUUAAGUGUCUACCUAGGAAUUUGGUGAAAUGAUGAGAUACUUAAACAUUCACAAGAGACUGCAUACAGCCCAAUUCAGGGAAUGUUAUGUAGAGCACUUGAAGUUUCUGGGGAAGUACAAAUGCUCAGAAUUUCCAAAGUUCCUGUUUCUUGGUUUUCUGGCCUCACAUCAUGGCUAUUAUACCUCAGUUCUUCCCUCACACUCCUCAGCAACCUAUGCCCCAUUUUGGGGGAUCUUGCUUUCAUUGCUGAUUUGACAUACACAAAACCAGAAUGGUCAGGCUUGUGAUAAAUAAUUGUACUUAGUUCAUUUACAACUAGCUCACACAAUUACAUGACAAAGAUGGUGCUUCGUUUGUGUGUGUGUGUGUGUGCUGUGUGUGUAUGUGUGCCUUGGUUUUGCUUUGACAAAGUGGCAUGCAAUGUAUGCACUGUACUCUAUUGUGUGUUAAUCGACGAUAAAAUCUUGUAUCCAGUGUAUUUUCUUCUGCCUUGCUUUCCUGUGAAAUCAGUUGUGGAAUUUUGUCAAGGCCAGCUUGCUACAUGUAUGUUGACCAGGUGCUGUCAAUGGGACCAAGGCCCACAACACUAUAUGUUAGUUACAGAGUUGGGUUUGAAAAGCUGACUGAAAGAAAAAGAAACUGUAAAUUCACCAACUGCAAAACUCAAAAGGACAUUCUGAAUAUGACACCUUAUCUCAUAAUUUUACCUUACUCCAUAUGUUUUGUCUAAUCCAUUUUUGCAACUAUUUAAAUAUUAGUCCUGUUUGGCAAACUUUAUUAAACGUUAUAUGAUGGUUUACUUUAA